AUGCUCGCAAAAUUGCUGAAUCCCAGAAUUCUCGGCUAUACUAUGUUGACGGAAUCUUCAGCUCGAAUACGCCAUCUAGCAAGCCUCUUUCUCCGGCUACUUCAACUACUUCAGAUAUCACUGAUGAUUCAUAUUUAGAAGAUAGGGCUGCUGUUACGGAUACAACCCCCGAUAUGAUCAAUGAACGAGAUGAUACGAACUUGGUCGAAUCACAAUCGUUCGCGUCUAGUAGUCCCAAAGAGAUGGUCAAUAGUUCUCCUGAAGACGAAGACGCCGAAGGAGAAGUGAUUUUGUUCACGGGACGACAUCCUUCGGUUGCUGAGAGUGAUAAUAACAGCAGCGGUCAAGUUUCAGAGAAAUCUUCUAAUCGCCUCCUUACUGUUUCGACAAAUCCGACCACUGCCGAGGUUCUAUUGAAUCAAGUCUUGGCAUCUAAUCAAAAAUCUCCAAAGGGAAAUCAAAAUGAUCCGACAAGUUACUGGAAUCACUUUAACACACCUCAACUAUUUCCCAACAAUAAUGAAAACAAUGAAACGUCUGCAUCUCAAAAAUUAGACUUCCUAUAUGCCACAACUAGGCCCCUGACAAAUAACACAAAUAGUAUUUCAAAUUCCAUCUCCAAUGAUUCUUUUGACUCAUCUCCGCCAUUCUCUCUUUCCACUCCGGUUUCGGGCGUUCCGAAUGCUUCAUUAGAUCCUCUCGUUCCUCCAAUGAAGCGUACAUCGAGUGAAAUUAAACCCACUUCACCUGUAACCUCAACGUCAAGUGCAUCUCUGUUUGCUUUCCCAGGUUCUGACGGUGGUGUUUCCAAAUUCGGGUUGUUCGGUAAUUCGGGUACCAAUAUUCAGAACUUUUCGAACAUACCAAGUUAUUUACAAAAUAAACCAAAUGUUAUGUCCGCAACAACAAUAAAUCCGCCACCGGGAUUUUCAACAGAAUCGGCUAAUUUAGAUAUGCACCGUGGCUCACCCAAUCAAUCUCGAUUCCAAACUUCCAAUGCAUUUGGUUUUUCGUCUCUUGAUUUUCCAUUUCAAUGGAAUGGGGGAUACAUGCUAAAUGGAUCAUCGGAUGAUAAUUUAGAAGCAAAGAUAUUGAAUGGUCAAUCUAUUCAUAAAAAUCAGGAUCUCAGUUCUGGUAUAAAGGAACACGAAAAAAAUUCCUUAUUUUGGACACCAAAUGGGGCUUUAUCAGAUUCGCAAAAAGUUAAUGGCUCUCAUGAUAAUUUUUGCCAUUUGGCACCUGGUUGGACACCAACAUCUAUUGGCUAA